CGUGUCAUCAUGAUAUCAAUGAAGUGAUACAUUAGUGGAGUUAUUGUUUUUCUUCAAUGUUUUAUUAAAAUUUACGUUAAAAUGGAUUCGAAUGAUGCUACGGAUGAUAAAGACAGCGGGCCAGAAGUUCAAAUUAACUUUCCGAGUUCCGUAAUGAGCCGUAUAGAGGAAUUAAUGGGAGGAACGGAACAGUUCGAUAGCGAUGACUUUGAUGCAGUGGCGUACAUCAACAGAGUGUUCCCAACUGAGCAAUCUCUUUCUGGAGUGGAAAGUGCUGUGGCUCGCUGUGAAUUUAGACUUUCAGGAGUGGAACAAGAUAUUAGAAGACUGGUCCGAGCACAGGCUGAACAGAGGGAAGCUGGACAGGAGGCACUUACUGAAGCUCAGAGAUGUAUAGCAGAGUUAGCUUUGCAGGUCGCGGAUAUAAACAAGAAAGCUGAAAGAAGCGAAAGCAUGGUCAGGGAGAUAACUUGCGAGAUAAAGCAGUUGGACUGCGCUAAGUGUAACCUGACCGCUGCUAUUACCGCCCUCAACCAUCUGCACAUGCUGGCUGGCGGUGUGGACACCCUCACCACAAUGACGAAGAACCGUCAGUACAAGGAAAUAGCGUUGCCCAUGCAGGCUAUUAUGGAGGUGUUACAGCACUUUGAAUGCUACCGAGACAUCCGCGAACUCAGCGUCUUAAGGGAUCAAGUGCACUCGAUAAGGAACGAUUUGGGCAAUCAAAUAUUAGCUGAUUUUAAACAAGCCUUUACAGGCGGCAGUAAAAGCAACAUAACUCACAGGACGCUAUCGGAGGCUUGCGGCGUCGUCGACAUCUUAGACGCGAAGGUCAAACAGGAUCUGUUAAAGUGGUUCAUCAGCAUGCAACUGCAGGAAUACCAGCACCUGUACUCGUCGGAGCAGGAGUGCGCCUGGCUCACUCACAUCGAGCGACGGUACGCGUGGCUCAAAAAGCAUCUCCUCACGUUCGAAGACACCCUCGGAAAUAUAUUUCCUUACCAGUGGGCUCUGAGCGAGAACAUAGCCAGGCAGUUCUGUAAGAUCACCUCAACGGAAUUAAGCAAUCUAAUGGCGGCGCGGAGAAACGAAUUGGACGUGAAACUGCUGCUGUACGCGAUACAGAACACUUAUAACUUUGAGUUACUGUUGCACAAGAGGUUCACAGGUACAGACCUGAAGCCUGACAAUGUAGACACGAACUCUAAACAGCCAUUCGAUAAUGAAACGAAAGAUAACACCGCAGACUCGGACGGCCAGCAGGCGGAAGGCUCGUCCAGCAGUUGGGUCGGGCUGAUAGGGUCCUGCUUCGAGCCCUAUCUCUCAUUGUACAUCAACAGUCUGGACUCGAACCUGAGCUCGCUCAUCGAGAGAUUCGUGCAGGAUGCAAAGACGUCGCCCUCUGAAGCCAACAUGACCGCCAGUGGUGAAGGGGCCGUCAUAUCCAGCUGCGCGGAUUUGUUCCUCUUCUACAAGAAAUGCUUGGUGCAAUGCGCCAGGCUCACCACAGGGGAACCGAUGCUGGAACUAGCGGGAGUAUUCCAGAAGUAUCUACGCGAGUACGCCAGCUCUGUGCUGCAAGCUGCCCUGCCCAGGACCAACCCGACGUCCCUCCUCUCGCUGUCGCUAAGCGGCAACACCGUGCCGAGCAUAGUGACGAACUUACACACGCUACUCAGAGAUGAAGCUGGAAAUGUUUCCAGAUAUACAAAACAGGAAAUCUCAAAGAUAACAAGCGUGAUCACGACCUCGGAGUACUGCCUCGAGACCACGAUACACCUCGAGCAGAAACUCAAGGAGAAAGUCAGUCCGAAGCUGUCCGACAAAAUCGAUUUGACACCGGAACAGGAUUUAUUCCACAAGAUCAUCAGCAACUGCAUCCAGAUGCUGGUCCAGGACCUGGAGACGGCCUGCGAGCCGGCCCUCCAGAGCAUGACCAAGAUAUCCUGGCUGAGCUUCGACAACGUAGGCGACCAGAGCUCGUACGUGACUCAGAUAAUAAUGCACCUAAAAAACACCGUGCCGAACCUGAGGGACAACUUAUCGUCGUCCAGGAAGUACUUCACGCAGUUCUGCAUACGAUUCGCUAAUUCUUUCAUACCGAAGUUCAUUCAGAACGUGUACAAGUGCAAGCCCAUCUCCACGGUCGGCUCUGAGCAGCUGUUGCUUGACACGCACAUGCUGAAGACGGCGCUGUUAGAACUACCCUCAAUCGGGUCGGAGGUCAAAAGGGCCGCACCCGCAACCUACACUAAAGUCGUCCUCAAGCUGAUGACGAAAGCGGAAAUGGUUCUCAAAUUGGUGAUGGCCCCCCUCGAGGGGAAUCUGGAGGGGUUCGUCACGCAGUUCGUCAAAUUGCUACCGGAUUGCUCCUUGGCUGAGUUCCACAAGGUUUUAGAUAUGAAAGGCGCUAAGCUAUCUAAAACUCAGAUGAGCAACUUGGAUGCUGUCUUCAAGAAUGCCUGCAAGUCUGCCGAUGUUAAAUAGGCCCCGCGCUGAUGGCUUCAGCCAAUGUCAACUUUUUCAAUAAGGCCCCCACGAAUGGUUCAGCUAGAGGUUCGCCUGUACUUGUUUUUGUCAAUAAGUUUACGGGAGUCUGUUAUGUACUGAAAAUAUAAUAUAUAUUUAUUGAGAUCUCAGGGGACGUUUGUGUUACAUAUUAAUGAUCAAUUACAAAUCGAAAUUGUAUCUCACGAUGUGGUCUUUCAAUGAUUCAACUACCUUAACUGGCAUCAAGAUCACAGCUAACUCCUACGCUACUAAUUAAAAAACAGAAACCUUAAAGUCGGAUGUGCGCAGUGACGUAACGGCUAAGAAUAGUUUUUUUUUUAAAUCAGUUUGUGGGUCACGACCUAAAAUACUAAAUAAAAUAAAUGUUAUUCUAAAAAUAAUCACAUACGUGUCUAAACUUAAUAAUACGAUGGCUAUUUGGAAGAUUUUUGGAAGAAUGAGUAUUAUCUGCAGUCUAUGUUAUUCAAAACCAUAGAGAAAA